AUGAAGUUCAACUGCAGCAUCAUUCUCAGUGCUCUUGCCUACACUGCUAGCGCAUCUCCAAUCAUUUCUUUACGACAAGCUGAAACUGCUCAAGAUUCCAUUAACAAGUGGAAUGGAGAUAUCACUAUUGUCAACGAAUUCCUGAAUUCAGUCGGCUCCUCGUCCACCCCUUCAGCAGACGCAAUGCCCGUUCUUGCUACAGCCCUCGACGAACCCGUGCAACUCAUGUUCCUCACUAGCAUGAUCGCUUCCGAUGCCACAGCGGCUAUGUACGCUAGCAAUACUUUAAUACAGAUGUUUGGCCAAGUACCCGAGGCAUUAAUGAACAUCGUUGCUGCAAACAACGAUCCCACUAUUGUUGCAGCGAAUGUCGCCACCAUCAACAAUGUCCGCUGCAACGUUGUACUGCCAAACAUCGGUGUCCUCUGGGCUCAAGGUGGAUUCCCAAAUGCCGGCUCUAUCACUGUACCUCUCGGUCCUGCAGUGUGCCCGAAUCCUGGCCCGAACGGAGGUCCUUAUCCAAUGGUAGCUGCUUAGUUGGGAUGACGUCGUGAAAUGGAUGUUAUUUGAAGACCUGAUCGAGAGCAUCUAGAGUGUCAGUUGAUGGGGAGAUGAAAGGACUGGUUUAAUGCAUGGAAAGGCACUGGUUGGAUUGAUUGCUGG